AUGUCUGCUGCCCAGAACCAAGCUUUCCAGACCGCCGUCGUGGACUCCCGCAAGCUUACCUCCAAGCCCGGCCCCACUGAACUCCUCGAGCUCUACGCUCUUUUCAAGGUCAGCAACGGCGAUGACUUCUCAAAGGCCACCAAGCCCGGCAUGCUCGACCUCAAGGGCAAGGCCAAGUACAACGCCUGGAAGAAGGCCGUCGAGGAGGACAAGCUUACCCCCGAGGCUGCUCAGGAGAAGUACGUCGAGCUCGUUGAGAAGCUCAAGGUGUCCCACGGCUACGACGCGAACAAGGAGCCCGAGGCUGUCGGCGCCUAA